GGUUUAGUGCAUCGUUUUCGUUUGCUCGUCGGCGGUGGUGCUCGGCGGCGGCAGCGGCGGUGAGGUGGGAGUGGUGUUGGAAGUGAGAUCGAAGGAUGGGUGAGGCGAUUUUGAGUGAUCUGUUGACGGAGGUGUUGAUUCCGGUCGCUGCGGCGGUGGGGAUCGGGUUUGCUCUGCUGCAGUGGGUGCUGGUUUCGAAGGUGAAGCUGACGCCGGAGAGGCCGGCGCAGGGGGCUAAUAAGAAUGGGUAUAGUGAUUAUCUCAUCGAGGAGGAGGAAGGGCUCAAUGAUCAUAACGUUGUUGUCAAGUGUGCUGAGAUCCAGAACGCCAUUUCUGAAGGGGCUACUUCUUUCCUCUUCACUGAGUAUCAGUAUGUGGGAAUUUUCAUGAUUGCAUUUGCUGUCCUUAUUUUCCUGUUCCUGGGUUCUGUGGAGGGCUUCAGCACGAAAAGCCAUCCCUGCACCUAUGAUAAGUCCAAGACUUGCAAGCCAGCUCUUGCAAAUGCAAUCUUCAGCACUGUCUCCUUCUUGCUUGGUGCAAUCACUUCCUUGGUUUCUGGUUUCCUUGGAAUGAAAAUUGCAACUUAUGCAAAUGCAAGGACGACCUUGGAGGCCAGGAAGGGUGUUGGCAAGGCUUUCAUUACAGCUUUUCGAUCUGGUGCAGUGAUGGGAUUUCUUUUGGCUGCGAAUGGGCUUUUGGUACUAUACAUUGCCAUUAACCUGUUAAAGAUCUAUUAUGGUGAAGACUGGGAAGGCCUUUUUGAGUCUAUUACUGGUUAUGGGCUCGGUGGCUCUUCAAUGGCCCUUUUCGGAAGAGUUGGUGGUGGUAUUUACACAAAAGCAGCUGAUGUUGGUGCUGAUCUUGUUGGUAAGGUUGAGAGAAACAUUCCUGAGGAUGACCCAAGAAAUCCUGCUGUGAUUGCAGACAAUGUUGGGGAUAAUGUAGGUGAUAUUGCUGGUAUGGGAUCAGAUCUGUUUGGAUCUUACGCUGAGUCUUCAUGCGCAGCCCUUGUUGUUGCCUCAAUAUCUUCAUUUGGAAUUAAUCAUGACUUCACUGGAAUGUGUUAUCCACUAUUGAUUAGUUCUCUCGGCAUUAUUGUUUGCUUGAUCACUACCCUCUUUGCCACUGACUUCUUUGAGAUCAAGGCAGUGAAGGAAAUUGAGCCAGCGUUGAAGAAACAGCUCAUAAUCUCCACUGCUCUCAUGACCAUUGCAAUAGCAAUUGUUUCUUGGAUUGCUCUUCCAUCUAAGUUCACAAUCUACAACUUUGGUACUCAGAAGUCAGUGAAGAAUUGGGAGUUGUUCUUCUGUGUUGCUGUUGGGCUAUGGGCUGGCCUUAUCAUAGGUUUUGUGACUGAGUACUUCACGAGUAAUGCAUACAGCCCGGUGCAAGAUGUUGCUGACUCCUGCAGAACUGGUGCUGCUACUAAUGUCAUAUUUGGCCUUGCUUUGGGAUACAAGUCUGUUAUUAUUCCAAUUUUUGCUAUUGCUGUUAGCAUUUAUGUCAGUUUUAGUCUUGCUGCCAUGUAUGGGAUUGCUGUUGCUGCUCUUGGAAUGUUGAGCACCAUUGCUACUGGUCUGGCCAUUGAUGCUUAUGGCCCCAUUAGUGACAAUGCUGGAGGCAUUGCAGAGAUGGCUGGCAUGAGCCACAGGAUCCGUGAGAGGACUGAUGCAUUGGAUGCUGCUGGCAAUACCACUGCUGCCAUUGGCAAGGGUUUUGCCAUCGGUUCAGCUGCCCUGGUAUCGCUUGCACUUUUUGGUGCCUUUGUCAGCCGUGCAGGAAUCGCCACAGUGAAUGUUUUGUCCCCCAAAGUCUUCAUUGGGCUGAUUGUUGGAGCGAUGCUCCCAUACUGGUUCUCAGCCAUGACCAUGAAGAGUGUUGGUAGCGCAGCACUAAAAAUGGUGGAAGAGGUUCGCAGGCAGUUCAAUACCAUACCUGGACUCAUGGAGGGUAGUGCCAAGCCUGACUAUGCCACCUGUGUCAAGAUCUCUACUGAUGCUUCCAUCAAGGAGAUGAUUCCCCCCGGUGCUCUUGUUAUGCUGACACCCCUCAUUGUUGGAACGUUGUUUGGAGUGGAAACUCUCUCUGGUGUUCUUGCUGGUGCUCUUGUUUCUGGUGUUCAGAUUGCCAUUUCUGCGUCAAACACUGGUGGUGCAUGGGACAAUGCAAAGAAAUACAUUGAGGCUGGCGCUUCUGAGCAUGCAAGGACCCUAGGUCCGAAAGGAUCUGACCCACACAAGGCUGCAGUUAUCGGUGACACCAUUGGAGACCCUCUCAAGGACACCUCUGGUCCAUCUCUCAACAUCCUCAUCAAGCUCAUGGCUGUCGAAUCUCUGGUGUUCGCACCAUUCUUCGCUGCUCAUGGUGGUCUCCUGUUCAAGAUCUGAGUUAAACAAGGCUACCUUUUUUCCGCUUUCCGCUCUCAUGCCAGUCUUUCCUUAGGGUUGGUGUUGUGUCCGUCACCUUCGUCGUCAGCAUUAUCAUCUUCAUCUUCAUCUAAAUCAUCAUCAUCAUCAUCAUCAUCAUCAUCUAGUUUCUAAAGUGUAGUUUGAUUGCCCGGUCGAGUUGUGGGUCUGCGGGCAUGGAAAAGUUUUUUUCCUUUGCUUUAUGUUGCUAGAUAAUAGCAAAUUUUCCAAAUGAUGCCGAUUAAAAAGUCCAGUUAUGCGUUGUUUCAACGCAACGGUGAUGAUAAUUUUAUCAUUUAAUGGAGUCUUGCCCAAUCUUUCUUUCUCU